UGGGGCCUGCGGGAGUUUGAAUAAUCACCAGAACCAAUCAGAGGGGCGGGGGUGUGGCCUGUGGCCCGGCUCGUCAAGUUGCCGUGGCGCGGAGAACUCUGCAAAACAAGAGGCAGAGGAUUGCGUUAGCGAUAAACCAGUUCACGCCGGAGCCCUGGGAAGGAAGCGUCUCUGCUGGCUCCGGCCUCUCCGCGGGACUCUGAGGAAAAGCCGCCACCAGGCCGACGCCGCCCGGCACCAUGGGUAAAGGAGACCCCAACAAGCCGCGGGGCAAGAUGUCCUCGUACGCCUUCUUCGUGCAGACCUGCCGGGAAGAGCACAAGAAGAAGCACCCGGACUCUUCGGUCAAUUUCGCUGAAUUCUCCAAGAAAUGUUCGGAGAGAUGGAAGACCAUGUCUGCAAAGGAAAAGUCGAAAUUUGAAGAUAUGGCAAAAAGUGACAAAGCUCGCUAUGACAGGGAGAUGAAAAAUUAUGUUCCUCCCAAAGGUGACAAGAAAGGAAAGAAGAAAGAUCCCAAUGCUCCUAAAAGGCCUCCGUCUGCUUUCUUCCUGUUUUGCUCUGAACAUCGCCCAAAGAUCAAAAGUGAACACCCUGGUUUAUCCAUCGGGGACACUGCAAAAAAGCUGGGUGAAAUGUGGUCUGAACAGUCAGCCAAAGAUAAACAACCAUAUGAACAGAAAGCAGCUAAGCUAAAGGAGAAAUAUGAAAAGGAUAUUGCUGCAUAUCGCGCCAAGGGCAAAAGUGAAGCGGGAAAGAAGGGCCCUGGCAGGCCAACGGGUUCAAAGAAGAAGAAUGAACCAGAGGAUGAGGAGGAAGAGGAAGAGGAGGAAGAAGAUGAAGAUGAUGAGGAAGAGGAGGAAGAUGAGGAAUAAAUGGCUAUCUUGUAAUAUGUGUGGAGUGUGCGUGUGUGCUCAGGCAAUUGUUUUGCUAAGAAUGUGAAUUCAAGUGCAGCUCAAUAUUAGCUUCAGUAUAAAAACUGUACAGAUUUUUGUAUAGCUGAUAAGAUUCUUUGUAGAGAAAAUACUUUUUUAAAAAUGCAGGUUGUAGCUUUUUGAGGGGCUACUACAUACAGUUAGAUUUUAAAGCUUCUGAUGUUGAAUGUUUCUAAAUAUUUAAUGGUUUUCUUAAUUUCUUGACUUGUGUAUUGUAGCACAGCAGACUUGUAGGAAUUAGUAUCAAUAGUAAAUUUUGGGUUUUUUAGAAUGUUGCAUUUUGUUUUUUAAAAAAAAUUUUGUAAUAAAAUUAUGUAUAUUA